GUGACAAAGGUAUCAAUGCUCUACGGCGCGCACAAAGUUCCACAACUUGACGCCGCUCUCCUCUCUCACCAACGACACAGUGAGCGUUUCGGCUGCCCCUUCGCCAAACUCGAGUACGACGUCACCACGCGGAAACUCUACAGCAAACACUACUUCCUCCUAUCCACUAUGCUACAAGAACUGUCUAAACCCGUCGAGCACAGGCAACAAUGGCUCAUGUGGGUAGACGCCGACUCCAUCGUCUUAAAUCCCGCGCUCUCUCCCGAGAUUUUCUUGCCUCCGGAUGAUGUGCAAGGUGUCUACGCGCUCGUGACAGCGGAUCACAAUGGGCUCAAUUCGGGAGUGUUUUAUCUUCGAGUACAUUCUGAUUCUGUCGAUCUUCUCACGCAGACGCUGGCGUACCCGCUCGCGCAUCCGGCGGAGGACCUAGGGUGGUUUGGUGAACAAGCUGCUAUGGCACAUGUGAUUCAGUCGAUUGAAACAGCAGCAGCAGCGAAUACGACUGGUCCAUCUGGUAUUGUGUGGAUGCCUCGCAUAUGGUUCAACGCGUAUGAGUUUGAGCAUGGUUUCGAGGGCCAGCCGGGUGCUGCUUUGGUGCAUUUUGCCGGUUUGGCGGAGAAGAGAUUGACGCACAUGACGAGAUGGUUGGAUGAAUUGCAGCAGAAUCCCGCCAAGUGGGAAAUCCCUUUGCAUAAAACGUUCUAUGAAGACGCGAUUUCGAGGUUUUGGAAGGAAUACGUUGCGAAUGCUACGGCGCAAAGUACGAAGGAUCAAUCAUAG